AUGGACCACAUCCCCAGGUUUCACCGACGCCGAAAGGAUGUUGGCGCUCCGACAUUGAUCACGAGCGAUCUCCCAGCCAAAAAGGCGGCGACAACCACUUCGCCAGGUGAUUUGCAGCCUGGAUCGCCUAUGCGGCAGCUCCAGAAGCUUAGUCCCUUUAGAGUGUUCCAUCGCUCGUCCGGCAAGAGGGCGCGCGAUUCGCCGCCUGCAUCCCUUCCCCACUCGCCGGCCGAGGCGCAGGACGUGCUGGCCCGCGAAAGCGCCGAUGGCCGGCCGGUCUCUCCGUUAUCUCUGAAGACUGAUAACGAGGGCGACCAAGGGCAGAAGGCCGCGACGCCGCCUAAAAUGCCCGCUUUUCUGAAUCUGAGCGACGAUGAGAUUCUCAAGAGGUUUUAUGAGCUGGUAUGGCGCGAACGGAAUCGGUUACUGCAAUCCAUCAACAACCCAUCACCCGACUUCCGCUGGGCUCGCGUCACCGGACCACAUCUCAAGACUUUGGACAGGUACAUGAAUGUACAGCCGUGGCAGAACAACCGGAUCAAGCUGCAGGUGCCUGAUGGUCAUGUAGACUACAUCAAUGCCUCGCCGAUCGUUCUCACACCGUCCAACGGCGCCGAGCCCGACCGAUACAUCGCUAUGCAAGGCCCCAAGCAAGUAUCGACGGACCAUGUCUGGCGCAUGGUGUUUGAACAGCUACAGGACCCUGCCGUCAUCGUGAUGCUGACAGAGACACACGAAGGGAACAUGGAAAAAUGCUUCCCUUACUUUCCGCGCAGCAAGGACGACCCCCCUCUCGAGAUCAACAGGCAUGACGAGUUUGGCGACGGGUUCAGAGCCACCGUGCGGUGCGAGGGUAUGGAGGAGACGCCGGCCGGGGAUGCCAUUGAGCUGCGGAAGCUGGUCAUCCGCGUGCUCUCGCGGCCACAGGUGCAGAUCAAGGUCACCAAGGUACCCGAAACCACGGUAGAAGACAGCGAGAACAAGGAGGCAGAUUCCGAUGUCAGGAUGGAGUCUCCCAACUCCGCAAGGCCGACCCCGUCAAAACCGGACACGACUGACGGGGACGGCGGCGGUGAGGACAAAAUGAACCAAGAUAAUAACGACAUCACCACCGAACCAGAAGAACGAACAGUCUACCACUUCCUCUACAAAAAAUGGCCCGACUUUGGCGUCCCUUCCCUAUCAGACCUCGACAGCUUUUUCACCCUUAUGCGCCUUUCCCGCGAGAAGAACGCCGGGCCGGGCAACCCGCGCAUCGUGCACUGCAGCGCGGGGGUGGGGCGCAGCGGGACCUUCAUCGCGCUGGAGCAUCUCAUGCGGGAGCUUGAGUCCGGCGCCCUGGCCAACUAUGACGAUGUAAAUCCCGCCGCAUCCGUGUCUGUACCUGGUACGGAUACACCCUCCCUGGGGCCCGGUGGUGGUGGUGGUAGCGACGCUGGCGGCGCUGAGGAGGCGGGGUCAGGGCCUCCACCUGGCGGGAUGAGGGAUAUGAUCUUUGAAACGGUCAAUCAACUGAGGGAACAGCGACGGACCAUGGUGCAGGCCGAGUCGCAGUACCUGUUCAUCUACCGCGUGCUGAGGCAGUUGUGGGUGGCCAAGUACGGUGGUGGCGGCGGCGAGGGGCGUGCUGAAGGGGCGGCGGUCGAUCAUGAUAACGACGCGGCGACGGCGGCGGGGGCUGGGGAUGAGCCCGCGGCCAAGAGGCUUGAGGUUGAUCCUGCUUUGGUGGGGAAGGAUCGGGAUCGGGAUCACCAUGACUCCUCUGCUGAGUGA